CUAUGUGAAGAAACUGUAUUAUAACCUCUGUCACACUCUGGUGUUUUGCAGGUCUUAGGAGAAGAAAACCCAGCCAUCAUGUCUGGAAAAAACGCCACCACGGGAGGCAAGGACUUUGUGUUUGUAGGGUUGGCAAGCAGUCCUACUGUACGGAUACUCCUCUUUUUUGUGUUCCUAGCUAUUUAUAUCACUACUUUGGUGGAGAAUCUUGGAAUGGUUACCUUAAUAAGGGCCAGUCCCCAGCUCCAUACGCCAAUGUACUUCUUUCUCAGCAACCUCUCCUUCCUAGAUGUGUGCUUCUCUUCUGUGUUCGUUCCAAAGGCGCUAAUCAACUUCUUAGCAAAGAAAAAGUCUAUUUCCUUUGUUGGAUGUUUAAUGCAAAUGUUCUUUUUUAUAGGUCUGGGGAGCAGUGAGUGCUUUCUCUUGGCUGUAAUGGCAUACGACCGCUAUGUGGCAAUCUGUAAACCACUGCUGUACCCAGCCCUCAUGUCUCCCAGAGUCUGUAAUUUUUUGGUGGUCGGGUCAUAUGUUCUGGGACUUUCGCAUUCUCUCAUUCAUACAAUCUUCACUGUCAGAGUGUCUUUCUCUGGGUCUAAUAUGAUCAAUCAUUUUUUCUGUGACAUCACAGCACUUCUUUCAAUUGCUUCAUCAGACACCGAUGUCAAUGAACUCCUCAUUUAUUACCUUGCUGGAAUUGUAGAAUUAAUCACCGUAACGAGUGUUAUGGUUUCUUAUACAUAUAUUCUCAAGCACACGAUGAGAAUUAGCACAGCAGCCGGCAGGCUCAAAACCUUCUCGACUUGCACCUCACAUCUGAUUGUAGUCUCGAUUUUCCACGGAGCAAUACUUAUUUUGCAUUUCAGGCCCAAUGCAAGCAGUGGAUCGUUUGUCCAAGACGUGAGUGACAAAGUCCUCUCUGUCUUCUACACAAUUGUCAUCCCGCUGCUGAACCCCUUGAUUUACAGCCUGAGAAACAAGGAGGUCAAGGAUGCUUUCAGAGGUGUCCAGAGGAAGGGGUGUGGCAACAUGAUUUGGUUGUGA